UUUGCAUCUGUUAUGGCAACUCUUUGUCUCCAGAUUAUAUUGGAAUCAGUGCGCUCAUUAGUAUCAGAUGAGGAUGGAUUCAGCUUGACCAAGGAGCAAGAAACUUGGGUGGUCAACAUCAAUGGGCUUGUGGCUGCACUUCUUGCCAAUUAUGUAAAGUAUUGGAUUGACCCAGUUGGAGCUAUGAUCGCUAUAAGACACAUCGACACAGUUCGAGCCUACACAUUUGGAUCGCACUACUUUGUGGAGGUUGACAUUGUGUUGUCAUCGGAGAUGCCACUUAGAGAAGCUCAUGAUAUUGGCACUGAUUUUUGAAAGGGGAGAGCCUGUUACUGUCAUUGGGAUUCAUUUAGUAGGAUUUGUUGAGAUAUUGGCACUGAUUUGUUGAGAA